AUUUGAAUGUCCCUGCUGUAGUUACACUACCAAUGAAAAGCUAUCUUUUACAUUGCACUUUGAAAACCACAUAUGCCAUGCAGUUGAGCAUGGAGGUAUGGUGGAAGCAUUUCUCUAGAUUUUGAUUGUUUUAGAAUUGUAGUUUAAAAAAAUGCACUUGCCUCUGAAAAUGAAGAUGCACAAGAUGACCUGUAGUUUCUUAGGAAUCAUUGAAGUGAUGAAAUGUUGUUACAUUUAUUUUUCUAUAUAUAAUAUGUAUUGUGUAUACACUCUGCAAUGUUAAUAACCUUGUUGAUACACUCUUACAGGUUACUUUAUCUUAAAAUGCAGUAAAUUGUGCAGGACCACAGCCCAUUUUCACUGUUUAUACUGCAACCAGACUGUAGUACGCAGGGACCAAUACAUUAGGCAUGUUGCCAAAUGCUCUUUGAAAGAUCCACUUGCAGCAUCUCCAGCUCACUCUGUAGCUGCAUGCCUGACACACCCUCCAACAUCUACCCAGCGUACAGUCUCUCCCUCCAUUUCCCCUGGUCCUGACUCUUUUGCUCCAACACCACAAGCACAUAGGAAGAGAGAUGAAAGAAUGACUUCCGUGUUUACCCCCCUUACCUCAGAACCUGGCUCCUUUGCACAACCCCCACCCCCAAAAAUUAAAAAGAAGAGAGAGACAAUCAUGUGUCCUCAUUGUGGACUGUCACUUAACAGAAGAAAUGUAAGGCUGCAUAUUUUGAGACGACAUACACCAGUAAAAACAGACAUUACUGCUCAGAACCAUCUUAACUCGCAGUGUGUGGAUUUUAGAAGUGGUGUCUAUGCUGUAGCCAAAUCAUUUUCAGCACCUAGCACUCCAAUCCACGUCAUCAAGAAAACGUGGGGUUCAGAACAAAGAACAACAUGUGAACUUGACAUCUGCAGAAUUAACACAGAAUUUGCAGAAAGAUCAAACAUCCGUUCUUAUGAGUGCCACCACCUUCAAUCACUUUCAUACUGCCCACCAGCCGAAAGGGACAUUCCCUUACUGACUGAGCCAGUUUUACAGACCAUGGUCGAUGAUAGGUGGUUUGGAGAGGACAAGAAGAAGCGGUGUUUGGCACGGCAGAAAGAAGCAGUUGAUGCAGGAGCCCCUCUCUCCUGCCUUGUGACUGUUUUUGGGCCUAGCCAUAAAAAAUACAUUUCUGUAUUCGAGCCCACGAUUUCGUACUACAGCAGGCUUGGUCGAGUCAUGGUUACGUAUGAUGCCAAAACCAUUUCUUGGCAUUGUCCUUGUGCCAAACCAAGGCAGUCAUGCCUUCACAAAAAUGUGGCAAAGUGGCACCUAUUUGAAGUGGACAGGGCAUCCUUCCGGAAAACCAGAAGUAUUGAGGAGGAUAGCAUUUCACAACAAUUUCCUUCCAAUGUUGAAAGUUUGGAGGAAGACAAAGGAGCCCAGUACCCACCCGAAGGCCAGAACCUGUCUCGAAUGGUACAUCUAUGCCAAAAAAAACUGACCACAGUCUUCCAGUCCGAUGUGUUAAACACUAGUAAUUUUCCUUUGAGCUUCACACCAUCUGAAGCCUUUUGUACAGAAUGUUCAGAGGCAACUCCACUAAGUGAACCUUUGCUCAUCACAUCAAAAGCCAAAAUCCUAACAAUGACCAAUGUCAUAGAAGGAAUUUCAAUGUACUGCAAACAGUGCUACAGAUGUGGCAUAGUGUAUCGAUAUCAGGAGUGGUGUGAUGGUAUUCAUAAUUUUGACGACCACAUACUUCUCUCGAUUCACUUGUGCCAUUUUCUGCGCAACAGUCUCCAGACUCACCAGGCUGUAGGAAGUGCAAUUGAGGUCUUGGAGAGGACCUCGGGGAAAGCCUUUCCUCCAAAACAAAGGAUCCUGCAAGCUUACUUAAGCUUUGAGGCACUGACUGACCAUACUUACACAUUUUCUUGUGUAACUUGUGGUUACCAUCCAGUAUCCGUAGUAAUGGACCUUCAUAAGAAGGGUGUUUUUAGUAUGCCUGUUGGCAGCAUUGAGGAAGUGCCAGAGGAUUUUGAUGGAUGGGUGAAUGCUGAAAAUUUUUGGGAGCAGGUAUCUCUAGAAAUGAUCAGCCGUGGGUUGGUUCCAAACAAUAAGGCAAACCCAUUUGUGGUCCGUCCGAGCUACCACAACUGGGCUCCAUGGAUUGGUCCUCACACUAGAAGUGGGGAUCAUCUUCUCAAUACAGAGUAUGAGAAGGUGCACUCUCCAUAUAGUGGGAAGGAGGCAUCAGAGUUCAACAUCACAGAGGACCGGUUGACAGAUGAGCUUCUAAAGAUCAAGGCAGUGCGGUCAUUAUGUAGGCAGUGUGGCAUUGACCCCAAAGGUUCACGAAUGGAUUUGGUUGGAAGACUGCAGCAAGAAAUGAAAAAUAGAGCCAGCUACGACAAAGUGUUUUCGCAGAUCUGGGGAGCAUCUGGUGGAUGGGCUGUGGUCACCUGUCCUUGUGCUGUGGUCUAUGGGGUCAAAUUUAACAUCAGAGCUGAGAGCCCGAGGGAUUUUGCAGACCUUUUGCUUUCAAUGAAACACUUUCCAAAUGUUUCAUUGUAUGAUUUUGCCAGAGGUCUGGCAACCCACACUAAUAUAAGAAAUCCCAAUACUUUCCACCCUUAUGGGGGCAGGUUGUUGGAGCCUAUAGAGGAAAAUAUUGAGUUGGCCAAUUGUGGACAGAAAAAAGUAAACUUGCCCUGGCUACUGGCAAAAAAGACAGUGCCAGAUAAAAAUGGCCACCCUCUAACAGGAUCAUGUGAACAUUAUGCAUUGUAUGAUCGUUUUCACGAGGCUAAUUCUAAGGAUGCCAGGGAUAUAUUGCGCAAAGUGGAACUGGUCCCUGAGUUGUGUGGUUGGCUCAAUAGCCAGUGUGCUGAACAGCUCUUCUCUGGAAUGAGAAAAAAUAAUCAUUUUCUCAAUAUGAUGACUCCCUCCUCACACAUCUUUCUGAUGCGAAAUAUCUUGCAUCACUAUAACAACAACAGAAACUCCAGGACCAUAGAAAACAUGAAGAAGAGACUGGGCAUGGAAGUGGACAUAGUGUUAAAUCCCUAUGGUCAGACAGUGUUGGCAUCAACUAAAGCAGCAGCCAUAAGGACUCCGCAAGCUGAUGGUCCAGGUGAAGCUGAGGCACUUGUCCAUGGUAUGCCUGUAGUAUGCUGUUUGUAAGCCUUUUUUAAACAUCUCUAUUGAAACCUACAACACAUUUGUGUUUACGAUUUGAACAGUCAAGUUUCUUUUUACUGG